AUGGCAACAUUUUUGGGAGCACUUUAUGUAGAUCGUGGUUUUGACUACUGCAAGGUUUUUUGCCGUGUCUGCUUUUUCCCUCGUUUGAAGUUCUUCAUUGUGUCACAACGUUGGAAUGACCCUAAGUCGCAGUUGCAACAGUGCUGUUUAACUCUAAGACAAGUGGACGGAAGUGAGCCAGAUAUCCCAGAAUAUAAAACUAUUGCAGUCGAGGGGCCUACUAAUACAAGACUGUACAAAGUUGCAGUUUAUUUCAGACAGAAACGAAUGGCCGUUGGCUGUGGUCACACGAUGCAGAUAGCUCAAAUGCAUGCUGCGGAAAAUGCCUUGAUAGAACAAGCUCAUCUUUUCCCAAUAUUGAAAAGCAGUGGUAAGAAAAAGACGAGUGAGGAAAGUGAAGCCCUUCGGAAAAGAAAAGCGUUUGUAAGGCCAACUUGCGCCAGACGAACAGCUCAACAGGUAGGUGCUUCCGGACAAGCACCACCGGAGGCAGAAUCUCAUGUGGAAGCUGGCAAAAUCAGGUCGUUGUUAGAUCUAAGGGCAGUGUUUGGUGCGUUGCGGUACAACUGUACUUCAAAGACCCGACCGUUUCGGGAGUGGUCGGACAGAAUCUCUGGAAUAAAGUGGGCGUUGUCAAAAGUUCUGUCUUCAGCAGCACUUUCUGAACGUGUUCCUGAAGCAAACGUCUAG